AUGAUUAGAGUAACUACUCAAAAAGAUGAUUCUCUCAUCUACAAACCAGGACAAGACUCCCCGAGAAAUUCUAAGCUAACAAAGGGAUUUAUCGGCAUUAUAGCUGCUAUCUCCGUGAUUGCUGUUGCUUCAAUCAAUUAUUCAACAGAUUCUCAGCAAAGUGCAUUAGGCUUUGAGGAUAAAAUUGUUACUUUAUCCAGAGCUGCUUCUCAAGAUUAAUCCCUUGAUACCAUUGUUAACAAGCUCUUGAGACUUGAUAAUAAAGAUUGCGUACAAGCUAUAUAUGAUACUUUCUUUGACCCCUAGAAUCUUUUGGCAGGAAAUCUGUGGAACGAUGCAUAAAUAAGAAUGUAAAAAGUGCUCUAAGUCUCACCAAACGCUACUCAACUUGCGCAGUUGAAGAAAGAUAGAACAUAACUCGGCCAAGAAAUGGAGAAAUAUUUAAAAUCAAAGGAUGUUUCUAAUCUAGAGGAAGCAAUAAAAGUUGCAAUAGGAAUCAUGUCAAUCACUUUCCAUGAGUCUAAUCAUUAAGGCUAUGCUGCACACUACUCUUAAUUUGGAACAAUCUUAGUGGUUCUUAAAAGGGAAUUAGCCUAUAAUAAUGACAAAGAUAGAGAUAAUCUAAUCAAAGAUUUACAAAGUGACAUUGAAACCUACCAGGAAAAUGCCUUAAAACUAUACGAAACAUUAUACAACGAAACCGCCAAAAGAUAUAAGCUUCAAGUUGAUAAAGAAGUAACAACAAAGUCAAAUCUAUACACCUUUGCCAAUGGUAAUGUGAAGAGUUACAUUGGUAGUGAAUCAGAAGAUUUCAUCACUGAGUCAAGAGCUAAUGUUCAAUACGAUUUACUUGUGAGAGAAGCUAACUUAGUAAUCAUAACAGAACUCGACGCUCUGAUUCUUCCAUCGACUAAAUGGCAAUUCUUCCUCAACUAGAAUUACUCCAUUCCUUAGGAUCCUGUGCCUCUAAAGAAGGCUAUACUGUCUUAUUCUGCAAAUUUUGGCAAGGGUAUCUCUCACGAGGAACUAGAUCCUUUCAACGAUGAACAACUCUUUAGCUAUGGCGGAGAUAUUUCCGUAAUUGAGAUUCGAGCUGGUUCGAUAGUUAACGGUCUUUAAUUUACUUAUGGAACUGUGACUGCUCAACCUCAUGGAGGCUAUGGAUAACGUUUGAAUUAUAUUAAUUUAGCUUCCGGUGAAAAAAUUGUAAAGGUGUUCAUAAGAGCAGGUGAUCUCCUUGAUGGGAUUGGCUUCGUCACAAACACAGGUAAGCGCUAUUGGUAUGGUGGUGAUGGGGGCACUUACUAUGAAGCUGUUGCUCCAGAAGGCGGCUAUCUAGCUGCUAUAAGGGGGCUCCAAGGAAGUGCCUCGAUAGGGCAAAUUAGCUUUGUUUGGGUUACUUACAAAUGA